AUGAAUCUCACAGAAGAGGAAUCCUGCGUCCAUUCAAACAUUUCCUGUUGGUACAGUUCCCGAACAGCAUCUUAUGUACUGCUGUAUAUGUCUGUAGCAGUAGUUGUCUCACUGACGGUGUGUGGAAACCUGCUUGUGAUCAUCUCCAUCUGUCACUUCAAGCAGCUUCAAACACCAACUAAUUUCCUCCUCCUCUCUCUGGCGAUGGCAGACUGUCUUGUUGGGGUAAUUGUGAUGCCCCUCUAUUUUACUAUGUUGAUAGAGCCACACAGUUGCUUUGGUACAUUGUAUUGCACAAUAUUUAGUGUAGCAGCAUUUUACCCCACUUGUAUAUCAAUUUAUAAUGUAGCUUUAAUUGCAGUGGACCAAUAUAUUGCUCUCUCCAAUCCAUUUCACUACUCCAUGAAAAUGACAGUGAAUGUAACUUUGAGGAUAAUAGCAAUACUGUGGUUGUAUUCAUUAAUCUACAAUGUGGCGCUUCUUUAUUUCAAUGGAAAUGUUAUUGACAUAAAAGCAAACGUCACAUGUGGUGAGUGUAUUGUUACAGUUCAUAACGAAUGGUCCGUUAUUGACUUCAUAAUUGUAUUUUUUUUGCCAUGCUCCAUGAUUAUAAUUAUAUACCUGAAAAUUUUCAUUAUUGCUACAAAACAGGCAAAUAAAAUUAGGAGUGUCAGAAAGUGCCCACAAAUAAAUAGCUCAAUGGCAUCUGAAAGGAAAGCAGCAAAAACCCUUGGAGUUCUAGUGGCAGUAUUCCUACUGUGCUUAGUACCUUACUAUGCAAGUACCUUGAUUAAUGUCUAUUUGAGGAACAGAUCUGUGCAUCUUAAAAUAUCAAUUCCAGAGUCUCUAGUAUAUUUAAAUUCUUCCAUCAAUCCAAUCAUUUAUGCUCUUUUCUAUCCAUGGUUUCAGAGGUCUUUUAAACUCAUAUUAACAUUUAGAAUAUUUGGCACUGACUCUUCCCUUCUGAAUGUGUUUGAACGAGAAACAAAUGUGAAAUGA